UGGCCCACACGGGCCCCAGCCUGGUCUACUGGGGGGCCUGACCUGAUUCCAGAUCGUGUGUGUGUGUGUGUGUGUGUGUGUGUGUGUGUGUGUGUGUGUGUGUGUGUGUGUGUGUGUGUGUGUGUGUGUGUGUGUGUGUGUGUGUGUGUGUGUGUGUGUGUGUGUGUGUGUGUGCGCGCACAGGUGAAGUGGAUGAUGUACUGGAUAGUCUUUGCGCUCUUCUCGACGGCGGAGACGCUGACUGACCUGGUGCUGUCCUGGUUCCCGUUUUACUUUGAGCUGAAGAUUGCCUUUGUCAUCUGGCUCCUGUCCCCCUACACCAAAGGCUCCAGUGUCCUCUACCGCAAGUUCGUCCACCCCACCCUGUCCAACAAGGAGAAGGAGAUAGACGAGUACAUCACCCAGGCCAAAGACAAGAGCUACGAGACUAUGAUGCGCUUCGGCAAGAGGGGGCUCAACAUCGCGGCGACCGCAGCCGUCACUGCGGCAACCAAGGGCCAGGGGGUUCUCUCUGACAAGCUGCGGAGCUUCAGCAUGCAGGACCUGACCAUGAUCAACGCGGACGACGACCUGGGGCUGCGCUCCACGGAGGCCCGCCCCCGACGGGACCCCCUGGAGGGGGGUUCAGGGGCCAGCACGCUGCCGCGCACCCGCACCACCAGCACCCGGCGGGAGACCCGCUCCCUGUCCAUGGUCGUCCCUGACGACGCCUCCUCGCAGCACGGCUCAGACCAGUCGGACACGCGGACGGAGCAGUCGGACGAGGACCCCACGGAGAAGCCCCCCAAGCGCGCCGCCGCAGCCACCACCACCGCCGCCAAGGUUGUCAAGAAGCCCGCCGCCAGCAAGACGGAGACUCAGACCAAGGUGGUGAAGAAGACGACCAAGAAGAAGGUCAUGGCCGCUAGCGUCGAGACGCCCUGAUUGGACCGGCGAGGCGCUCAGCCCCCCCCCACAGUACCGCCUCAUGGGCCCCCCCCCCCAACACCACCCACACACACACUCCAACACACUCCCACACGCCCACACGCACCCACCUCCCACACACACUCGCAGGGGGUGAAAAUAAUGCAUUUAAGUUCUGAUGUCGGAAACGCGUUUUAUUAACGACGGAACCCCCCCCCCCCCUCCCCCCCUCCCUCCCUUUGCCGCUACCCAACGUCCACGCGGACACGGACGUGCAGAACACGCGUCUUCCCAAGAUUACAAAACUCGUUGGGGGUGGGGGUAGGGGAAAGGUCUAGGGUCAAAGGUCAGAUGUGGAUCAUAGCUAACAUCCCAUAAACUCACCCGCUCCUUCCCUGGCUGCUUGCGUCAGGCCGCUCAUCGUCUCCCUGACUAAAUGUUGUGCGUUUUGUUUGAUCAGACCUCUAAUAAUGGCCGUGGUGUUCAUUCAGACCUUGUGGUUCGCUUCGUGUCGGCCCCCCGCCCCCCACAGCCCAGCUCCUGUCGUGGCCCGGCGGUCGGGGCUCCAGGUGUCUGCAGGCUUAAUCCUGAUGUCU